AUGGAUGCGGGCGGAAUGAAGGAGAGUUUGCAUUUGAAAGAUGCCAUUGCGCCUUUGGAUGGCCGACUGGAAGGCAGGAAGAAAAAUGCAGGAGAUGACGUUCCCACUGGUCCUUUGCGACCAAAGCAUGAACGACCAAAGGAGCUUCAGUUUGAUUUCGGAGAAACACUUGCCGGCUUGAGGUAA